AUGGCCUCCCCCAAAUUCUCCUGGGAGUCCGGGCCCAUGAAAAUCAUCCCAACUCCAUUUUUCCAAACCGGUCUAACAGACCAAUACACCUACGUCGCCUCGGACAUGGCCCUUGUCCACAACAUCUUCAGCCGCGCCUUUAAUGGCAUUUAUCUCCAAGCGCCUCAUGUUCAUCCGUCCGAAUACUACGCCUUCCUCUCCUACUGCAAAGCUGCCUUUGACGGCCUCGCAGCGCACCACAUGGGCGAAGAAAGCCACGCCUUCCCCACCAUCGAGGAAGCCACCGGGCGGAAAGGCCUGAUGCAGGUCAACAUCGCACAACACGAAGCCUUCCACGACGGCCUCCACAAAUGGGGCGAGUACCUCUCCACUCUGCUCGCUGGCGACGUUGCCGGGUUCAAUGCAAAAGAGAUGCUCGCGAUCAUGGACACCUUCCUCGAGCCGCUGACCACACAUCUCAACGACGAAAUACCUACGCUGCUCGCGCUGCGUGAGUUCGGGGAUAAGCUCGAUCUCAAGGGGAUUGUGGAGAAGGAGGUGGAGACGGUCAUGGGGAGUUUGAGCAAGACGACGCAGCUGCCGUUGUUCUUGUUGAAUCACGAUUGCACGUUCGAGGGCGGCAUUCACAACUUCCCGCCCAUCCCGCCGCCGGUCAGGUGGGCGCUGAUGAAAGUAUUGCCCGUGUUUCAUGGGAGCUGGUGGAAGUUUGCGACGUGUGACUCGACGGGGAUGCCGAGGGAGCUGUAUCGAAGGGGUGUAAAGCCGGAAGAGUGUGGGCAGUACUGGGCUUGA